AUGAAUUCCGACGAAGACUUGAGCGAUAGCGAAAAUGGGGGCGUCCCGCUCUCGUACCAUCAUCACCUUCAGCCUCCCCACGCUUACGUCGCAGUGCCGCUUCCCUCGUCCUCUCCUGUCCACUCUGCCGGUUCCCCGGCUGGGACCGUCUUCAGCAACCAUACGCUCUAUCCCAAUCCUCUCCCAUACCACACCGCCCCUAGUGUCUCUCCAUUAGCUUCGAACGUCGCCGGGGCCGACGGCGGCGAUGUGAUAGCCCCUUCAUCUAUCGUGUACACUUAUUAUCCCACCCACUACGGCUGGUAUCAUUCACAAGGAGCACCCGCCGCAGAAUCGGCCGCAGGGGACCAUGACGACCUGCCCCAGGGCGAUUUUGACGUCCCUCUCCCGCCGUUGGACGAGACGAUCCCACCACUCGAGGCCAAUGGUGAUGACGACUUUGGGGAGGACCCCGGCACUCAAAUCUUCCUUGGCUCCCCGCAGCCCAACUCGCUCGCCCCUCAGAAUUCCCCGCUUGAUCACUUUCUCAAAUUCUGGGCCGCCACCGCGGCUUGCUUCGGAUCGGCGGGAAGGAUGAAGGCGCCGUGGCUCUCCCAGGUGAACGAACAGCUUUCGGAGCCGUGCAGACGGGUGACAUUGGAGCAACUAUGCGGCGACGAGCGUGACGUCCAGGGCUUGAACUGGGCUGGCAUGGGGAUCACUCGGCUUGACGCUCGCGAGCGGAGGCUUUUGACGUACAAGAACUACACCAACAAACCGGGCUCGGAUGAUUACCAGCACCUGGCCGGCUGGGCGAUACGGAGCUCAGAAAGCCACUUCAAAUUUCGCCGUAUGGACAUUCGCCGGAAUACCCAUCUUGCGCAUUUCCAACUGCGCAACGUGCUUGCUUGCUCAGGUCGGAGCCAUGCCUUCUAUCCUGGACUGAGGGCGGUCUACAGAAUGAACCUUCUUUCCGGCCACACCGAGGUGGCCAUGGAUCUCAGCGACAUGGUCAACGGCCUAGUAUCGACGCUUGACGCCAAAUGCGGCGUGGUCAUCGCCGGCACUUCUAACGGCGAGUACUGCAUGCGCAACACGUACUCGCAAGACAGCAAGUUCGUCGACGGUCAAAUCACGUCGAGUAGCAGCGCCAUCACAAAUCACCUCCAGAUCCACGAAUCGAGAACUUCCGACGGCCCAUUGGUCGCCUUUGCCUCGAACGACCAGGGCUUUCGCGUCAUGGACGUCCAGACCCAGAAGUUCCUACUAGAUACGGCCUACUCGUUCCCUCUCAACUGUACCGCUUUAUCCACCGACCGCCGACUCCGCGUCCUGGUCGGCGACAGUCAUAACGUCCUGAUCGCCUCGGCCGAUACGGGCGAGAUCCUGCAGGAGCUCUGCGGACAUCGGGAUUACGGAUUCGCCUGCGCCUGGUCCGGCGACGGUUGGACGGUGGCCACCGCCGCCCAGGACAAGACGGUCAUGAUAUGGGACGCCCGGCGGUGGACCGACUCGAACGGCGCGAGCACCCCUCUGACCACCGUCCAGUGCGAGAUGGCCGGCGCCCGCAGCCUCCGAUUCUCCCCCAUUGGCAGCGGGCCCCCCGUCCUCGUGGCGGCCGAAGAGGCGGACUACGUCAACAUCAUCAACGCCAAGACCUUCCGGGGCAAGCAGACCUUUGACAUAUUCGGGGAGAUUGGCGGCGUGGCCUUCACCAACGACGGCCAGGACCUCGACGUUCUCUGCAUGGAUCCUUCGCGCGGCGGCAUCAUCCAGCUGGAACGCUGCAAUUUGGGCUCCAAGUCGAACGACCGUGGUGAUGAGUUCCCCUUCAGGGCUGUUCCGUGGUGGGCGAGGCGGCGGCAGGAUGAUGACCAGGCUUGGUCCAUGUCCGGAUACCGCGCCGAGGCCUCCUCCCGGUUUGAGGAAUCGCCGCCGCAUCCUAGGAGUCGCGUAUACCUUGACGACAUGGAGCCUUUCUGA